GGGCCAUCUUCCCUAGGCCCUAUCUCGAAUCGACUUCUUGUCUCGAUCGGAGCGGAGAUUAGAAUCGCAAUCCAAAUUCCGAAUACCUCCGCAGCUCCGCUUCUUCCAUGGCGGGGACUCUCUCCGACUUCGAUCUCGGGGCAUCUUCGGCGCCUCCAUUCGGGAUCCGGGAGCACGCCUUCGCGGAUGAUGGGAACCUGGAGCAUUGCGUCAAGUACCUAAACCAGACGCUAGUGACCUUUGGAUUCUCCGCCUCCCUCGAUCUCUUUGCCACGGAUCCCGUCUCCGUUGCGAGGACUUGCAACUGUAUUCAUUCUUUACUUCAACAGAGGCAGCGGGACAUCGAAUUUAGAGAGGGCUCUAAUGAACAGAAACAAAGAUUGCAAUCUGAUAUUUCAAGAUUAGAGGCAAAAGUUGAAAGACUUGAGUCACAAUUAGCUGCAAAAGAUAGGGAGCUAGCCACUUUAACCCGAAUGGAGGCUAAAAAUAAAGCAAGUCUGAAAAUUCAGAUGGAGAAGUUGCAGCAGGAACGAGAUGAAUUUCAAAAGAUGGUCAUUGGAAAUCAGCAAGUGCGUACACAACAAAUGCAUGAAAUGAAGAAGAAGGAAAAGGAAUACAUGAAGCUGCAGGAGAGACUAAAUCAAGUGUUAGCAGAGAAAAAAAAGGAGUCUCGGUCAGGGAUGGAGAUAAUGAAUCUAUUGCAGAAAGAAGGACGUCAGCGUGGGACAUGGAAUGGAAAGAAAGCUGACAGUGACUUCUAUAAGAUGAUAGUUGAUGCAUACGAAGUGAAGAAGCAAGAGCUGAUGACAGAGAAUUCUGAUCUGAGGGCUUUGUUACGGUCUAUGCAGAUGGAUAUGCGUGACUUUCUCAAUGCUCCAAAUGGCCUACCACAACAAACCUAUGCUGUGAAUGAAAAACAGGAUGUAGAAUCUCCUCAAUCCCCAUUAGGUGGAAGAACGGAUGUUUUUGAUCUACCUUUUCAUAUGGCCAGAGAUCAGAUAGAAGAGAGUCUGCGGACUAAGAUGUCUUCAAUAAAGGAAAGGAUGACACAGUUGCAAGAUGCACAAAAGGGAGCAGAAGUAACUUGUGAAGCAACUGAAAGGGAACUUGAGCUUGAAGCUCAACUAGUUGAAGCUAGAAGCAUCAUUCAAGAACAGGCUUCAAUAAUGUCAAAGCGUUUUGCAAAGACUGAUAAACCAAGGAGAUUGAGCAGUCAUUUUGAUGCUGAGAGAGAAAUCAUCCAUCCGACAUCAGCAGAGGAAGUGUAGAAACUCAGAUUACUAUGGAUAUGCUGCUGGAGUGGAUGAGCUUUGUUCUUUAUUUAGCCUAGAUUGCCAAGUCACCUUGAAGCAUCGGAGAUGGUUUCAGCUUUCUGAAAAAUGAUGUAUAACACAGGUACUCUAGAUCAACAAGUGUGGUUCAAUCCACCACUAUAUUCGGUGUAUCGCACCUUAGCAACUCUAGAUCGUUUGACCUGCACAAUGUCUUGUGGUGCAUUAACAAAAUUGGAAAUCACAAAACCAGUUGCUGCUGUCUCGUUUA